GCUAAGCGUCGCGAUAUCUUCAAGCGCGCUGCCAAGUACCAUGCCGAGUACAAGGCUGCCGAGAAGAACGAAAUUCGUCUUCGUCGUCAGGCCAAGGCCAACGGUAACUACUACGUUCCUGCUCAGUCCAAGUUGGUCUUUGUUGUCCGUAUUCGCGGUAUCAACAACAUCGCUCCCAAGCCUCGCAAGGUCCUUCAGUUGUUGCGUCUUUUGCAGAUCAACAACGGUGUCUUCGUUCGCUUGAACAAGGCCACCGCUCAGAUGCUUCAAUUGGUUGAACCCUAUGUCACCUACGGUACUCCCAACUUGAAGACCAUCCGUGAACUCAUCUACAAGCGUGGUUACGCCAAGGUCAACAAGCAGCGUAUUCCCCUUUACGACAACGCCGUCAUUGAACAGGUUCUUGGCAAGUACAACAUCAUCUGUGUUGAAGACUUGAUCCACGAAAUCGCCACCGUUGGUCCUCACUUCAAGGAAGCCAGCAACUUCUUGUGGCCCUUCAAGUUGUCCAACCCCAACAACAUGUGGCGUCCUCGCAAGUUCCGUCACUUUGUUGAAGGUGGUGACUCUGGUGACCGUGAAGAAUUCAUCAACCAGUUGGUUCAAUCCAUGAACUAA